CACACAACAUCUGUCGCUUGACCAUAAUGAGCAAUGAUGUCAGCUCAUGCCGGCCUCCGAAGAAUGAUCCGAGUGCAACUGCGAAGAUCCACAGGCGUAUUUAAGCUUUGCUAUGGCGCUGCAGCUUACUUGGCCAAGCCUCGUCGAUUGACCUGCACCAGACUUCCCUCUCUAUGCCAAACCUCACUUUCGACGUGAAAGAAACAUGAAGACAGCAACGCUGCAAUUGCUCCUGGCCUCGUUGGCUAUAGGGUCUGUGGUAUCGCGAGAAGACCAGAAGCACCAUGGCAUCGGCAAGAAUGAUUUCAUCAAGGUUGACGGCUUGAGACUGUACGAUUCAAAGGGUGCACUACACUACCUUACAGGGAUGAACUACUGGGCAUGUAUGAACCUCGCUGCCGAUGACCAGUCUGGUGGCAACUAUUCGCGUCUGGUUACGGAACUUGACCAGAUGGCGGCAAAGGGGAUCAAUCAUCUGCGUAUUAUGGCUGGCUCCGAGGGUGCACCGACACCACAACCGUUCAGGAUGAACCCUCCUCUAAUGACUGCCCCUGGUCGUUAUAACGACGCCAUUUUCGAGGGCUUGGACAUCUGUCUUGCAGAGAUGUCGAAGCGGGGAAUGCGUGCAACGAUGACCUUGAAUAAUGAAUGGCACUGGAGUGGGGGGUUUUCUCAAUACGUAUCCUGGGCAAACAACAAUACUCGAAUUCCCUAUCCCGAGUCGUGGAACCUUACAGCACCACCACAGAAGCGCAGACCCGAUUCAGGCUGGGGCAACUACACUAAACAAGGCGUGGACGCAGCACCAUAUAGUGAGUUCACGCGCUUCGCAAAUCUGAUCUACAACAACACUCAAGCCGAGGCUUGGUACAAGGACCACAUCAGGACAGUCAUGACCAGACGAAACUCUGUGACAGGCCGUUUGUACGCUGAGGACCCUACCAUAAUGACGUGGCAGCCUGCGAACGAGCCGCAGGCUGCCAACGAGCUUGGCUAUGUCGGUAUCAAUCUAGUGCCCAACCCGGAUGACUUGCUCUUCCCAUGGGUGGAUCGCAUCACGAGUUAUAUUCGUUCCCUGGCUCCCAAACAGCUGAUCAGUCUUGGAUUUGAGGGCAAACAGGGAGAAUUCUACUUCAAACGUGCCCAAAACUUUUCGACGAUCGAUUAUGCAACCACGCACUGCUGGGUCCAAAACUGGGGCAUUUAUGACAUGUACAACUCGAGCGAAGCAAAUCUCAAGGCGGCUCAGGACUUCGCGGUGACAUUCAUGCGAAAUUCCAGUAGAUGGGCUGCUGAUAUUGGGAAGCCGGUCUUUCUUGAGGAGUUUGGCAUGGCUCGUGACAACUGGGAAAACGUGGGAAAGGAGUACCCGUACCUCAGCAGUGCAUCCACUACCCACAAAGAUGCGUACUUUCAGACUAUCAUCGGUGCAGUCAUGGAUGAGUUCCGCAACGGCGGUGCGUACAUUGGUACGUCGCCAUGGGCGUAUGGAGGUAUCUACCGUCCUGAAACGCAGCAUAUCAAUGAAUUCGGCAUGGUUUGGGCUGGAGAUCCGCCUCACGAGGCGCCCGGGUGGUACGAUCUCUACGACACUGAUCAAGCAAUGAAUAUCGUUGCCGCGCAGGAAAAGACCAUCACGGAUUGGAUUGAGAGGCAUGGAAAGAAUUGCACGUCCUACUGAGCGAGAGCGCUGGACCUUCAGUCAGAAGACUAUGACAAUGAUAAAGGUAGCCGACAUGAACUGUUGGGUCGCAGAUUUCUGAAAACGCCACGUUACGUGGGGUGAAUGAUCAGUUCU